AUGGGGCGAACGGAGCUGUUCAGGGUGCAGCAGGGCGUGGCGGUCAAGAUGGUCAAACGCGUGUACGACGUGCCGUCUGUGCCAGGCCACCUUCGCGGCAGCUUCAUGCUCCAGAACCUCCCCAGCCUCGCCGCCGCCCUCGCGCUGAGCCCGGCCCCCGGCAGCCGCGUCAUCGACAUGUGCGCAGCGCCCGGCGGCAAGAGCACGCUGCUCGCGCAGCUGAUGCGCAACCAAGGGGAGGUCGUCGCCGCCGACCGCUCGCACAGCAAGGUGGAUGACAUAAAGGCGCUCGCGGACGAGCUGGGCUGCACCUGCAUCACGGCGAUAAAGAUGGACUCCACCCGCUCGGUGCUGCCGCCGCGGCUCUGCGGCGGCGGCGGCCCCGCUGCGACUGCGGCCGGUGCAGUGGAGGAAGUUCCUGUGAUGCCACUGGCGGAGGACCAGCAGGAGCAGCAGCAGCAGCAACAGCAGCGGCAGCCGGCCCGCAGCGAACACGCGCCCCUGGCGCCGCCGGCGCCCGCCCUCGCGGGCGGCCCGAGCGCCAGGGCGCUGCAGCGGGUGCAGCGGCGCGCGGCGAGCAUGCGGGCGCGCGGCAUCGAGCCCCCAGAGUCGGAGCUGCGGCUGGUCGGCCUGGGGCCGAGGGCGUGCCCGGGGUUCCCGCCAGAGAGCUUUGACUACGUGCUGCUGGACGCCCCAUGCUCGGGCCUUGGGCUGCGGCCGAGGCUGCUGACGCAGGUGACGCUCCCGGAGCUGCGCAGCGCCGCUUACUACCAGCGGCGGCUGAUGGACCGCGCCGUGCAGCUGCUGAGGCCGGGCGGCGUGAUGGUCUACUCCACAUGCACCAUCAACCCGGGCGAGAACGAGGCCAACGUGAGGUACCUCCUUGACAGCCACCCCUGCAUGCAGCUCGCUGCGCCGCCCGUGCGGCUCGGCGGGCCGGGGCUGGCGCGGCCCGCCGACGCAGCCGGCCUGCGCGCGGCGGUCGUGCGCUGCUGCGAGGAGCGGGAGGCGCGGCAGCGGCAGGAGCAGCAGCGAGCGGCCGGCGGGCUUGGGACGGCCGGCGGCGGCGGGGGCGCCUCUGGUCUUCGGGAUGAGGCCGGGCCAGGCGGUGCAGACGGAGGCGCAUGGAGCAGAGAAGCAGCAGCAGGAGCAGCAGCAGCAGCAGGAGCAGGAGAGGCAGCACCCACGCCAGGGCCAUCAGCCGCGGCAGCAGCCGCAGCGGCGGCAGGGCCGCGGCCGGGCCGCCCCCAUUCCAAGGACGGGCGGCAGCGCAGCGCGACAGCAUCGGACCAGGCGGCGGCCGCGCCGGCGGCGGCGGGCGCGGGGGCGGAGGUCCCUUACACAACAAAGGCUGAUGUGGGGCCGGACGAGGCUUGGCUGUCUGAGGACGAGGCUGAGCUGGUGCAGCGCUUCGACCCCGCGGCGCCGCUCGACACGAUAGGGUUCUUCGCCGCGCGGUUCGUGAAGCGCGCGGGCCCGCUUUGA